GGUUGUAGCGUGCACCGUUGUUUGCAUUUGGUCGAAGGGUUAGUGUUAGAAAAGGGUGUAGAGUGAAUCGGUUUGUAUCCUCACCAUCGAGCAUGAAAGCUAUGCGGAUCCGUGAGAACCUUGAAAAAAUCAAUAUGGAGAAAUGCACUCCACCCUCUACGAUGCACAACAUGGCAUCCCCCCGCAUGCAUUCGUAUGCUCUUUUUGAGGAGGGGUUAGCAUGCUUAUGGAAGUAUAAAAAUGGUUCCUUCAGUCAAUAACGGUAUCAGUCGCAGCUAGACAUCGAUCAACCAUCAGCUAGUACAGCACACAGACUCCCUGAAGAUCCUGCAAGCAAAAUGUUGAAGUCCUCGGUAGUAGUUCUAGCCCUUGCGGCUGCCUGUUUGGCUUACGAGCACCAUGGAUUCGUCAGUGAGGUGAAACACAUCCCGUACAAAUACUACGGUGGUGGCUUCGGCGGAGAACAGGGUGGAUUCGAAGGCGGUAUUGGCGGUGGUAUCGGCGGAGGCAUUGGCAUCGACGAGGGCAAGGACUUCUACGCCUAUCCGAAGUACAAGUUCGAGUACGGAGUGAAGGACUACCACACCGGUGACCACAAGAGCCAGUGGGAGGUGCGCGACGGUGAUGUCGUCAAGGGAGAGUACAGCCUGGAUGAGCCGGACGGUUCGGUGCGCAUCGUCAAGUACCACGCCGACGCCAAGAACGGAUUCGAAGCCAUCGUCAAGAACAUUGGCAAGGGAGGAAUCGCGCAGGAGAGCGGCUCGAUCGGCGGUGGCCAGGCUGGUGGAUUCAUUGGCGGUGGUUACGGCCACGGCUACAGCUACAGCAAGCUGAAGAAAUUCAACUGAACGUGAGGGGCGUGUUCGGCGCCAUAGACAUUCCUAUUAAUA